UUACGGCAGCUGUUGGAAACAUGGCUACUCAGCAGCCGUAACCAUGACAACCACAUUUACAGCCUGGUACAAAAAACUACUGAGGGUGAAUUUAAAUACAACUCACCUGUUCAGGAAGAUGCUGAGGAGGAAGCCGACCCGCCUGGAGCUGAAGAUCGACGACACAGAGGAGUUCGAGAGCGUCAAGAAGGAGCUGGAGGCCAGAAAGCGUCAGCGAGAGGAGGCGGAGUCAGGAGGAGGUGUGGGCGGGGCUUCUGUCAUUAGUGUUGACAUCAUCGGGGGCGGAGCCUCUGGCUCAGCUUCUUCCUCCACAGCAUCAAGGGCGGAGCUUAUCAACGAGCGAAUCGGCUACAAGCCCCACCCCAAACCAGCGACACUGCCGACCUUAUUUGGAAGUUUACAGUUUUAAAAAAAAUCAAUAAAAUGUUUCAACAUAAAAA